GUUUUAUAGCUAUAAAGGAAAGUUUUAAGAUUUUUAACCCAAACUUCCACAAAAAUCGAUUCUAAAAUGUGUAUGAAAAUGGGUAUAGCCUUUUUACAUGUGGCAUUUGAAUACGAUGCCCAAAAAAGAAACAUGGAAGCCGUAGUGUGUUAUACAAAGGCUAUAGAUAUUUUUUUAGAGGAGAUUGACGGUAAAUGCUACAAUAAAGAUAAAAAAGAAAAACUUUUGCAACAAAUAGAGCAGUAUAAACACCUAGUUAAGAAAGUUGAAACGCGUAUGAAAACUUUAAGAAGCUGCGGUAACAGCGUUAAGGAGGUGCACAUUAAGGAUGAUGCAACAGGUUACACUUAUGACAAGCUAUUCGGAAAGUAUUUAAACGAAGAUGUUAAAGAAAUACUAAUUGAGGAAAGCUACCUAAGAGAAAAACAUCAGUUGAAAAAUCUCGUAAGAUUUUUUGAAUUGUCAAUUAAGAGCUGCCCAGAAUGUAGAUAUAUACGUGUGGUAACUACAAAAGAUCCAAAUCCAAACUCCGAGCAAGUUGCCAUUUUAAAUGAAAUAAGGACGAGCUUAGCCAGAAGAAAUGUUCAUCUUAACAUUGUGUUCAACAAUAUACAUGAUCGCAGAAUUGUUCUAAGCAAUGGAUACAUCAUAAUAUCUGGAAGAGGACUUGAUAUUUACAAAAAGAACGAUAGCAAUUUUGGACUUGGCGUUUGUGACUAUUAUUACAGGCAGUGCAAACAAACAGACAUAACGAUUAUGCGAAGCUCCGGUUUUACUUAA